UGUUUAGGAAAGUAUGUUGAACGUCUUCGCGGUGCUGAAAAGAAAAUCGAGACAUUUCCAUGUCCCACAUGUCGCUCAGAGUUUACUCUCAAAUCAAACCAAGAUGUCGCUGAACUGCCAAGCAGUUAUUUCAUUAAGAAUAUGCUGGAAAUUAUGGCGAUUCAACAAAAAGCGAAAACAUCCACCACAUGUUCACGCUGCCAAAAUCCUGCCAUUAGUCACUGCUCAUCAUGCGAAAUAUUUUUGUGUAAGAAAUGUUCAGAGUGGCAUGAUAGUUGGUCAUUGUUGAAAAACCAUCAUGUGUUAUCUGUACAGGAACUGAGCAAUCCUAAAAGUCAAGUAAAACUGAGAAGAAAACUUUAUUGCGCAAAACACGAAGACAAAAUACUUGAAUAUUAUUGUGAAACAUGCAAAGAACUUUGUUGUAUAGAUUGUGUAGUGUUAAUUCAUACCAAACCAAACCAUUCUUGUGUGGCAAUGCGCGAGAUCAAACAGAAACAAAGAGAAGCAUUGCAAUCAAGCUGCACAACACUUGAUGAGAAAUUAGCUGAAGGAAAGAAAGCAUUAAACAACAUUUGUGAGGUGAUGAAGUCUCUUGAAAAGAAUGCUAAAACGGCUAAAGAUCAAAUAAAAAAACAAAAGGAAAAUAUCUUGAACAUUGUGGGAGAAAAACUUGACGAGAGAGCAAAGAUAAUGAAUGAGGAAGUGGACAAGGUUUAUGGUGAAUUACACAGUAAACUGAGCAAACAACAUGAUGAAAUGAAAGAUUAUCUUGAUAAAGUCCAAGCUUCAGUGUCCUUGCCAAAAAAUCUCGUAAAGAGAGGAAGUAUCGAAGAAAUUAUGUCUUCACAAAAAUUGAUUGAUGAGAAAAUCGAGAAGUUGAGCAAUCAACAACCAGAGAAUCUGGCCGCAGUGAAUGAUGGUAGUAUUCAGUAUGUACAAGACGACGUUGGUAAUAUCAAUGUUGAUGAAAUUGUUGAUAAGUUAGGACAUGUGGAAGGUAUGUGAAAUUUACGGUAUAUAACCGUCAGUACAUUAUAGAGUUUCAGAUUCGACUUCUGCACUACCGCUACCACUAACGCACGAUCAACUAUUAAUCAGAUGUGUUUGAUAUAUUUCAUUAACCAAUCGGAUACGUACUAAGUCAGUGAAAAGUAGUCGUAGCGGUAGUAGAAGUCAAAUUUGAACCUCUAUAAUAUUAUCGUCAGUAUAUACAUAAAUUAUCUUCCUUUACAGAAUAGGUAUGUUAAGGGUACACAAGAAUCGGGUUCCAUCAGGAAUUUUGAUUGUUUUAUGUCGAAUUUUCAGGCCGGAUCUAACUUAAAAACAUGGUAGUAGGCUAACUGUGCAACUAAUUAAAUUUACCCAUAAUUUCCCAACACUUUGCUCCCUCCGAGUACGAUGGUUUGGCAUUGCACAGGUACUAUGUCAAAAUCAAGGGUGGGUAGUAGCGAAGUAGUUGUAGUUCGCUACUGUAGCGAACUACAAUUUUCAAGUAGCCAGUAGUUUUUGACUACUUUUUCAAAACAGUAGCUGUAGUUAUAGCGAACUACAUUUUGCCUAAAAGUAGCCAAGUAGUUGACUACUGUUCAAACAGCAAAUCGCUAUUCGCUACUUUUUAAAAUUGUUAGCAACUUGAUAGAAUAGAAUGUUAUUAAGACACAGUUUGCUUAAAAUAAAUACUCAAUUUGCACGAAUAAAGUAUGCCGUGCAACUGUUCAAACUGUGCAAGUGCAUGCCGUCUUAUUUACUCGCGUAAGUCGAUUUGUUAUAGGUUACAUUACAGCCUGAGCUAUAGUAGAUGUUCCAAAUACAGUAAAAUUAAAAAAUAUUGAGUAGCGAAAUAGCGAAGUAGUUCGCUACAUUUUUUAAGCAGUAGCUGUAGUCAGUAGCGAACUACUUUUGUUCAAAAGUAGCAGUAGUUGUAGCUGACUACAUAUUUUUGAAGUAGCUGUAGUUAUAGCGAACUACAAAAAGUUUGUAGUCAACCCACCCUUGGUCAAAAUACAUACUAUAGGAUCCGGCAUUGGAAAAACCAUGAACAGUACCAUUUGCCACAGGAUGCAUUGUGGCAUGCCAUGGCGGAUUGACUAUAUGCUGUACAGUGGCAAAUAGUCCUGCAUGUUAACUUGGAUGCGAGGCUCCUUAUAUAGUGGGAAACUCGUUGCUACUUAAGAAUUUUAAGGACAAGAGUUAAAGAACAUAUGGCCUGAUAUUUACAAACACUUAUCGCAUAAAUUUACAGCAUACAUACACUAUAAUUUCUUUCUUGAUGACUACACUCCUGAAUCACUAAUUUUCAAUAACUGUAAUAUAUUAGACAAAUCCAGACAUUGCAGGUCAUUGUUACUCGAUCUAUUUAGGAAUCUCAAUGUACAGCAUAUUUAUCGCCAGAAACCGGCCUGUUUUCGAAUCAACUAAAACCUUUAAAAAACUUGUAAUCUUAUAUAUAUAUACUAGCUUAUCACAUGUCAUUUCAUCUUUUAAACAUUUGAGUUUCAGCAGCGUCAUUCCUGAUGAUGACUGCAAGUUAGUCGAAACGUAGAAUAAAAAUGUUAACCGUUUCAGGGGUGUGUAUUUUCUAAAGUCACUCAGUGGCAACUGCAUGUAAUGGAAACCGCUCUUCAUACUACACAUUAAAUUUAGUUGCUAUUAUCUUCAGUUGUAAAGAUCUUUUGUGGGUUAUAUAAAAUUCAUUGUUUACUGUAGGUGGUGUUUCUGUAACGCACAAUCUACUAAAAAAGUCAUCCAGUAUUUUGAAAGGAGAGAUUGCCUUCAUGAAGCAACUACAGAAAUGGUUGGGAGAGAAGUGUAAAUGGAAUCUUUGUUACAGAGCUUCCAGAGAUGGUUGGAGUGCCCAAGAUUUCCACAAACAUUGUGACAAUAAAGGGCCGACAGUGGUUUUGGUGAAAGCCAGUGAUUGUAUCUUUGGAGGAUACACUGACCAACACUGGGCAUCUCCAGGUAUGUAAGAAUAUAUAUAUAUAUAUAUAUAUAUAUAUAUAUAUAUAUAUAUAUAUAUAUAUAUAUAUAUAUAUAUAUAUAUAUAUAUAUAUAUAUAUAAUAAUAAUAAUAUUUGCAUAAUUUAUGAGAGCUAUACGGUAUAUAUUUGUCCUGCAAGCCGGUUUAAUACUAUUUAUUAAUUAAGACUAUGUUCGCACAAGGUUGGACGAAUUCGGCAGCAUACGCUGUGACGUGAAGUCAGUCGCGUUGGAACAUUCUUAAUUUGAGACAUUACGUUAUUAUGCUGGGUCAUACUUUUAUUAUAUUUAUCGUAUAGGCUAUGUAGUGUCUAAAAAUAGUAUUUAUGUGAUGUUCUAUAAAUAUCUGUCGCAUGGUAUAUAAAAGCAGCGAAAACUUAAGCUAGAAAGGAUUAGAAAUAGUAAUUUGUUGUUGUUAAUGUUUGCUGUUGUUCAAGAAGAAGAAUUUGAUAUUGUUGGAGUUACUGUCGUCGCAAAGUUAACAAGACUUAAAGAACUAUACACAAAAGUGUGAAAGGACAAAGUCUGAAAAGCAAAGCUUUGUCAUUGUCAAUAGACAGAUAAGUUUAAACUUUAAACUAUCCUGAUUCUUCGUUCUUUUAUUAAUAAAUAAUUUAAAAAUAAGGCCCGGUUUAGACGCCGUGCUUUUCAUGAGCCGAACUUAAUACAAUGAAUUAAGCACUAGGGUUGGGCGAUAUUAAAAAAAUCAUCUCACGAUUAUUGUCGAGCAAAUUAUGAUCACGAUAUUCGAUAAUAUCGCGAUAAAUGCAAUAAAAACAAUGACCACAUUUUUCAAUUCUAAUUAAUAUCAAAGCAUAGUAACCUUAUACAUAAUCUUAUUAAAAACUAAUAAAACAACAAAUUACAGUAAUAUGAAGGCUUUUUCUAGUCUAAUAUUUACUGUUCAUAAACCUGAACUGUCUAUGCAGUGUCUACUGUGUCUCCGCAGGCACAAAUGCCGUUGGCACACAGCGCAAGCAAAGCCUAGCUGCAAUUUUAUUGUUCAGCGGCUUACUAACUUACCAAGGCUUACUAACUUACCAAGCCUUACUAACUUACCAAGCCUUACUAACUUACCAAUGAUUACUAGAUUACCAAGGAUUACUAGUUUACCAAAAAGUACUAGUUUACCAGUGAUAGUAGGGAUUAUUUGGAUGUAUAAAAGUUAGAACGGUAUAUUGGUGAACGUAACACCAAGAAUUAACCAAUAUAUCGUAUUAAAUUCGUAUUUAAUUCAGGAAAUAGUUUUAAUUCUUUUAAAAACUAUAUUUUCUAGAAAUUGAAGGAAAUUUUUAAGGAUUUUUAUAAAAGCUAUAUACACAUGCGAAGCAAUAUCACGAUAGUCAUCGAGCAUGACGAUGAUUUCGAUAUAUCGUCGCUGUAGUUUCUACCUUCGAUACGCUAAUCGCGAUUGAAAAUAUCGGGAUAAAUCAAAAUAUCGAAAUAUCACCCAACCCUAUUAAGCACAUGAGAAGCACGGCGUCUAAAUCAAUUAAGCACUGCACUUAUAAUAUUAAGCACGCCUAAAUUAAUAAGUUCGCCUGGUUCAUGCGUGCUACACAGCUGAAGCACAUGUUGAUUUAUACUGCCGUGCUUUACAUGAGCCGUACCAAAUGGAUAAAUUAUGAUAAAAUAGAACAUUUAUAGUGCGCGAGCGUUGAUUGGUCGAGAAGCUUGUUUCUACACGGGAAAUUUCCCGCCUAAACUUACAACCAUAAACAAAACAAUUCUAAUGCAAAUUAAGCAACGUUAAAAACAACUUUAACUACUCAGCUCAUUUUGUAACUAUAUAUUAUAGUCAAAAAUACAAAAUACAAACACGUACCUUCCCGCUUCCGCUUAUAGCUUGUUUUGUAUUUCGGUAAUUUGUUCUAUUUUUACUGUAGUGAUUACCGCUUUAUCGGCAAAUAUUGGGGUAGAAUUUCCCUUUCUUUUCUUUAUAUACGUGAAUUUCUAGCAAAGGAUACACCUUUCGUUAGAUUCUUUGCAUAAAAGUUGCGAAAUUAGGCUUAUAGCGAUAUUUGCUGAUAAAGGCAAAAAGCGGCGGUAAUCGCUACAGAAAAAUAGAACAAAUUAUAGAAAUACAAAACAAAUCACAGAAGCGGAAGUGGGAAGGUUUUUGUAUUUUGACUGUGAUUUUCAAACAAAGUUCUUUCUUGCAGUGAAAUUGAUGGAUCGAGUCUACUACAAAUCUUUUUUUAGUUAUAUUAUGAAAUAAAUAUUAACUGAUUUAUUAUGUGUGAACCAUACAGUUAUAGAAACACUUGUAGUAGUUUGGGAGAACUCGAAUAACGUGGAAAAACUCGCCCUAAGCCUAUUGGUCUCGUUUUCCCAUACAUUAUAUCCAGGCAUUAUGCUAUGUUUGUAGUAAUAAGGCUUUUCAAAAAGCAGUUGAAAUUUUUAAUAACCGUAAACCUGUAGACGCUCAGAAGUGCCAAGAUUGUAUGUGAUAAACCCUUUUUUCUUAUUAUGAAAUGUCACUCGCCCCAGGUUUCGAAGUGAAGCAGCGCAAAUUAUUAAGUACGGCUCAUGAAAAGCACGCCUGUCUAAAUCAAAAUUAGAAGUACGCCUAUUUUACUCGAGUAAAAUAUGAAUUAAGUUCGGUUCAUGAAAAGCACCGCGUCUAAACUGGGCCUAAUUAGACUCUUCUGCUUUUAAGUCUUUCUUGUUACGGUGAACGUAACUUGUUACGGUGAACGUAACAACGCAAAUUCGUCCAGUUUCAUUUGUUUACACGGGGAUUCCUAGGGUUAGCUCUGUUUGAUUUCGUCAUGCAGUUACAUGCGUCCGAUGUGAACGCAUGGAUAAGGUGAUAGUCGUGAAAUUGAGAGUAUGGUUUAGAAUUCGUCCAGUCCCAUGUGAAGGAGGGUCAAUUGGGUCAUAAUCAUCCCAAUCAUGUCCAAAAGUAAAUAUUAUAGAAACUAUUAAAUAUUUUAUUAAAAUUUAAUCAUUAAUUUUGUUCAAUUUUAAGGUGGUGUUUAUAAGCAUUCCAACGCGUCAUUUUUAUUCUCCUUACGCAACAAAGACAACCUCGCUCCAUUUAUUGCCAACAUCAAGCAAGGUCAGGAGCAAUAUGCAAUCUUGUGUAAUUUUGGUUAUGGACCAAUCUUUGGUUCAGGUAAUGAUCUGGUCAUUUGUAACAAUCCGGAAGUUAAUCGAUCAUACAGCAAUUUUGGAUCCUCAUACCAACUUCCUCCUGGUUAUAUCAAUAACAGUGAACAAGCAAAGAACCUUCUUGCUGGUCAGUACUAUUUCGUAACGACAGAAAUCGAAGUCUUCAACUGAAAAGUGCAUUUGUUUACUUACUUCAACGGAAAAUAACAUUACAUUGAUUACGACCGCUCUUAGCAAUCACUUUUGGACAGUGAUUUUGCAAUGUUAUAAAGUAUUAAGAAUUAAUGUGAAUAUUCUGAGUCAUGCACUGUAUGAAUUUUAUAAAUUAAAAUUGGUCUUUGCCUCAACAGUAGCGGUUACUGGAGUCAACAAAUGAAAGGCCUCGAAGAAGACUUGUGAAAAACCGAUUGUUAUACAGCCGACGGUAAUCAAUUAUCUAAUCAGCAUAUAGCCUAGGGAAGCCUCACAUAUCGAUUUUUUCCACGAGAAACGUCAUAUGUUUGUUUGAGGGUGGGGGGUUGGCAGCUGUGACGUUUCUCUGUAAACAUCAUGGAAAAAUUCGAUAGUUUUUAUCUUUGCAGAAUAUAAAAAAGAAAACAAUUUGAUACAAACAGCAGUCUAUAUAUUCGUAAUACGAUACCUGUUCUAUACCUGUACAUUUAUAUUAUUACGCCUUCCUUGCAUUGAAAACACUCAAAUUUCAAGAAAAACGCGCUAAAAUUACCAAUAUUUCAUGCAAAAAAAGUUGUUUUGAGAAACGUUGGAAAUUUUGAAGUUCAUAUAUAUAUUAAUAAAAAAAGAGUAUGUCAGCAGAAUAUGACAUAUUCCUCAAGGAAGCAUCGCCAAUAGCCGACCAAAAAAAAAUAGUAGAAAAUUACCUUAUGUGUACUCAUAGUGUACUGUAAGAACAAAAUAUCGAU